AAUAAGUGUCACAAGAGAACAGACAUGUGUAAAAACCUCCGACUUCUCCGUUCAAUUACCAAGUCCCAUUCGCAUCAUGAAACCUCAGUGUUAUUGGAUGCUUCUCAUUACAUUCAAGAGUUAAAGAGAAAGUUGGAAAACAUUGAUCAAGCAGUACUUGCGGGAUCCCUUAACUUGAUUGAAUACGAUUCAAUACCUAUGCUUAAAGUCGAAGAACAAGAGAAGGGUUUUCUGACCAGAAUUUCGAGUCGAAGGAGCUGCCAUGGGUUGCUGGCUUUCAUAUUGGAAGCUUUUGAAGAACUGGGCCUCGAUGUUCUGUCAGCUAGGGUUAAUUGCGUGGAUGGCUUUUGUUUAGAAGCAGUUGGAGCCAAAGAGGAUAAUGAUGAAGAAGCUAACCAUAUGGAUGCACAAGUGGUACAACGACAUGUAUCUCAGGCUAUUCAAAACUGGAUGCAAGUUACAAGCAGUGAUAAUCCAGCUUCAACCUAG